GGAUUCAUUAACCACUGAGCCACGAUGGGAACUCCUGCCCCCUUUCUUAGAGGGGUGGAGCAGUCCUGGGCACUGUGGAGUGUUGAGCAGUCUCCCUGGCCUCCGCCUACUCAAUGCCAAAUAGCAUUGUGUCAAUUUGUGACAACCAAAAAUGUCUUCAGGUAUUGCCAAGUGUCCCGAGGUGGGGGAAAGGGGAGAAAAUCACCCUACAGUGAAAAUCAAUGGCAUGGAGUGAGCACUCAUUGAGUUUGCCACUUCAUCCAUGUGGCCUCAGUUUUUUCAGCUGCAAAAUGGGCACAUGGAUAUCAUGUGUAACAGUGGCUGAAGCAAAGCAAACACUCAAUAAACAUGAGCUAGUAGCCUCAUUACCACAAAAUCAACCCAUUUAUUCUAUAAGUAAUGGCGCUGAGGUCUGGUGGCACUGAGUGCAGAAAUUCAGGAUGGUCCCCCAGCUUUGGUCACUUGUAGGCUAUUUGUCUAAUUUUGCUAGACCUCCGUCCCAAUCAGUAAUCACAGCCACAAAUCCCUGCGUGCAUGUGGCAGUGGGGGAUUUAUUUAUGUUUUUUUUUCCUAUGACUCAUUAAAGCAAAUACACAUCUAUUAAAAAAUAUUUGAUCUUUACCUAAAAUCAUCACCAAGUCGGUCCUUAGAAAGGGGCUUCUGCAAUUGUUUAUUGCCUUAAGGGCCUUUGGGAACACUUGAGGGGCUGAUUCUAGCUGACUGGGGUCUUGAGACUAGUGUUUUGGGGGUAACAGCAGUGAGGAGGGGUGAGAAGUCAACUUUGGGUGACUCAACGAUUUUGGUUAUACUUUCGGCCUUGUUCACUUGGCGAACUCUUACCCAGUCUUCAAAACCCCAUCUGCAAUACCCCCUCCACCAGGAAUCCUUCCCUGAUCCCCCAUUUUUCUCUUUACCUUUCCACAGUCUGGGGUUCUUCUUUGCCCAGUCUUGCCUGGAUGAGACUGGGAAUGGGUGUCAAUGCCCAGAUUUGCCCCUUCAACCUUGGCAUGUGGUGAGGCAUGGGAGGGAGCAGCUGAGCUUCAGCUUCUUUUUAAGGUGAAAGGAAUGUGUAGGUGGAGCCAUUGUUGGCUCCACCCAUCCAGGUGACUUCCUUCCCUCCCUCACCCCCAGGUACAGGGUUUCUUUCUCCGGUCCUGCAGUUCCUAGAUGGGGCUGAGGGUGAGGCUGAGUGAGAAGGAAGCCUGACCUUUACUCUCAGGAGCCUAAAGAAUUUCGCCCCACCCUCCCUAGCUGGGGCCCAGCCUGUUGCUAGGAUGCGAAGGCAGAGCCAGGUGGCCGGUGGCACUGGAUUUGGGCCAGGCCCCAGAAGGGCUACUGUGCACCUUCAGAGAGUCCGCGCCUCCAGCCUCUCUGGUCCUGAGUUCCUCUUACCAAAAUACAAUAAACCUCCCAAAGAAGGACUGACCCAAGAAAGACAGCUCUAUGCUCCAGAGGUCUCUGGCCCUCGACUAGCUCCUAAUCCAACAGGUCUCCCUGCUGGCUCUCAACACGUAAGGGAUGGAAACCCUUAAAAAGCGCUGGCUCGGUUCUGAACACGGCCCGGGUCUUCUUUGCAGCCUGGCCUGGCGGGUCUCCAGCUCUGCCGCUGGCCAGUGCGCGGCUAGGUGGAAAACCUGGCCUGGAAUUUCCACCCCAGAGCCUGGAUCUCGUGCUGGGAGGUGGUGGCGGGGACCGAGACUGCCUCCGCGGCGUCCCGAAGGCGUGCCGGGGCGGGGGCGGGGCCCGUAGGGGACGCGGAGGAGGAAGAGGUGCAGGUGCAGCCCAGGCGGCGGCCCGGCGGGAGGAGGGAGUAAGCUGGACACCUGCUUCGCCGCGACCCUCCCCAGCCUUCCCGCGCACGCCGGGGUGGGGACCGAUUGAUUGACGGUUUCUGGCCCCCCCUGGGACAGAGGCGCUGGACAGCCCCCGGGUGGACUAUGGCGGUGAGAUUCCAGGUGCUGGACAUGGAGGAGCUGACCAUCUGGGAGCAGCACACGGCCACGAUCAGCAAGGACCCCCGCCGGGGCUUUGGCAUUGCAAUCUCUGGUGGCCGAGACCGGCCCAGUGGAUCUGUGGUUGUGUCUGAUGUAGUGCCUGGAGGGCCAGCAGAAGGCCGGCUACAGACAGGAGACCACAUUGUCAUGGUGAAUGGGGUCUCCGUGGAGAAUGUCACCUCCUCCUUUGCCAUUCAGAUACUCAAGACCUGCACAAAGGUGGCCAACAUAACAGUGAAGCGUCCCCGGAAAGUCCACCUGCCCACCACCAAGACCACCUCUGGCCCAGGACACCAGGAUUCGGAUGAGGAAGAUGGACCACGGCGGCUUGAAGAAGCUGAGCAUGGCCAGGGCUAUGAGGGUGACACAUCCAGCGGUUCCGGCCGCUCCUGGGGGGAGCGCUCCCGCAGGACGAGGACAGGCCACCGGAGCCGGGCAGGCAGCCAUGGGCGCAGGAGCCCAGGCAGUGGCUCCGAGGCCAAUGGGCUGGCCCUGGUGUCUGGCUUCAAAAGGCUGCCACAGCAGGACAUGCAAAUGCGACCCGUGAAGUCUGUGCUGGUGCGGAGGAGAGAGAGUGACGAGUUCGGGGUCAAACUGGGCAGUCAGAUCUUCAUCAAGCACAUCACAGAUUCAGGCUUGGCUGCCCAGAACCGUGGGCUGCAGGAAGGAGACCUCAUCUUGCAGAUCAAUGGGGUGUCCAGUGAGAAUCUGUCACUGAGUGACACACGGCAACUUAUUGAGAAAUCAGAAGGGAAACUGACUCUGCUGGUGCUCAGAGACCGAAGCCAGUUCCUGGUGAAUAUCCCUCCAGUCGUCAGCGACAGCGACAGCUCCCUCCUGGAGGACAUCUCAGAUCUUGGCUCGGAACUGUCCCAGGCGCCACCGUCUCACAUCCCACCGCCACCCCGGCAUGGGCAGCGGAGUCCAGACGGCAGCCGAACCAACUCCCCUGUGGAGAGUCCCCAGCUUCAGCGGGAAAGUUCAGUGGAUUCAAGGACGGCGUCAGAACCAGACUCCCUGAGGCAAAGGAGCUAUGACAUCUACAGGGUGCCCAGCAGGCAGAGCAUGGAGGAUCAUGGGUACAGCCCAGACUUGCGGGUGGUCCACUUCAUCAAGGGCACGAACAUCGGGCUGCGGCUGGCUGGAGGCAAUGAUGUGGGCAUCUUUGUGUCUGGGGUGCAGGCAGGCAGCCCAGCUGAUGGGCAGGGCAUCCAGGAGGGAGAUGAGAUUCUGCAGGUAAAUGAUAUGCUGUUCCAGAACCUGACCCGGGAGGAGGCUGUGCAGUUCCUAAUGGGGCUGCCCCAGGGCGAGGAGGUGGAGCUGGUGACACAGCGGAAACAGGACAUCUUUAGGAAGAUGGUGCAAUCCCGCCUGGGCGACUCCUUCUACAUCCGCACACACUUUGAGAUGGAGCCCAGCCCGCCAUCAGGCCUGGGCUUCACCCGUGGAGAUGUCUUCCAUGUGCUGGACACGCUGUACCCUAGCCCUGGGCAGAGCCAUGCCCGAGGAGGCCACUGGCUGGCUGUGCGCAUGGGCCGUGACCUCCGAGAGAAAGAGCGGGGCAUUAUCCCCAACCAGAGCAGGGCGGAGCAGCUGGCCAGUCUGGAGGCUGCCCAGCGGGCUGUGGGGGCCGGGCCUGGAGCCUCAACGGGCUCCAGCACUCGGGCCGAGUUCUGGCGGCUGAGGGGUCUUCGUCGGGGAGCUAAGAAGACCACCCAACGUAGCCGAGAGGAUCUGUCAGCUCUGACCAAACAGGGUCACUACCCGCCCUAUGAACGCGUGGUGCUACGAGAAGCCAGUUUUAAGCGCCCGGUGGUGAUCUUGGGACCUGUGGCAGACAUUGCUAUGCAGAAGUUGACUGCUGAGAUGCCUGAUGAGUUUGAAAUUGCAGAGAGUGUGUUGAGGACUGACAGCCCCUCCAAGAUCAUCAAACUGGACACCGUGCGGGUGAUUGCAGAAAAAGACAAGCACGCGCUCCUGGAUGUGACACCCUCAGCCAUCGAGCGCCUCAACUAUGUGCAAUACUACCCCAUUGUGGUCUUCUGUGUCCCUGAGAGCCGGACAGCCCUCAAGGCACUGCGUCAGUGGCUGGCACCCGCCUCCCGCCGCAGCUCCCGCCGCCUCUAUGCACAGGCCCAGAAGCUGCGGAAGCACAGCGACCACCUCUUCACAGCCACCAUCCCCCUGCAAGGCACGAGCGACUCCUGGUACCAAGAGCUCAAGGCUAUCAUCAGGGAGCAGCAGACUCGGCCCAUCUGGACAGCUGAGGACCAGCUGGACAGCUCUUCAGAGGACAACCUGGACCUCCCCCACCGUGACCUGGCUGACAGCUCUGCGGAUCUGAGCUGUGACAGCCGCGUCAACAGUGACUAUGAGACAGACGGCGAGGGCUACACGGAUGGCGAGGGUGGGCCUUACACAGACGUGGAUGAGGAGCCCCCGGCACCAGCCCUGGCCCGGUCCUCUGAGCCCGUGCUGGCGGAUGAGCCCCAGAUCCUGCAGGAUCAUGGAAGACCCUCAGGUCACCAGGCACCCCAGGUGGAUGGCCGCCACCCACAGGGUCAGUGGCGACAGGACAGCAUGCGGACAUAUGGGCAGGAUGCGCUGAGAAAAAAGUUUACACGAGCCCGAGAUGUGGAGUCUUCAGAUGAUGACAGCUACAACUGGGGCCCGGCCACUGACCUGUGACCCUUCCCAGAUGGCCAGCUGGCCUGUCCUCCCUUUUCCUCCUUGGAGCUGAACCUCAGUUUCCUAUAUAGAACCUGGAAACAGUGUGUGGGGGGAAACUGGAAAACUGCCUCCCUCUACCUGGUCUUUAAUAAAUAGAGUAUUUUCACA